CACAGGGCGGAGGGCAAGGGGACCGCUAAGGCCCGUCACUCCUCAUUCAUGUUCGCACCCGGGUGUCGGCGCGGGAGGCGGGAGCCUGGGAGGACGCCGGGAAAUGGACUCGGUGGCUUUCGAGGAUGUGGCUGUGAACUUCAGCCAUGAGGAGUGGGCUCUGCUGGACCCGUCUCAGAAGAAACUGUACAGAGAUGUGAUGCAGGAGACCUUCACUAACUUGGCUUCCAUUGGGGAAAAUUGGGAAGACCAGAGCCUUGGGGAUGAGUACGAAACCCAGGGAAGAAAUAUAAGAGCUCAUGUAGAACAGAGACCCUGUGAAUGGAAAAGUCCAUGUAGGGAAACCUUCAUCCAGGUUCCAGUUCUUAAACAGAACAAGAAAAUUCUUCCCGGAGUAAAACCCUAUGAAUGCAGUGUGUGCAGAAAAGUUUACAUGUGUCAUUCAUCUCUUAAAAGGCAUAUGAAAUCUCAUACUGAACACAAACAGUAUGAGAAUCACAAAUAUGGAGAAAAGUCAUAUGAAUGUAAAGAAUGUGGGAAAACAUUCAACUUUCGAAGUUCAUUUCGAAUACAUGAAAGGACUCACACUGGAGAGAAACCCUACGAAUGUAAACAAUGUGGGAAAGCUUUCAGUUGGCCCAGUUCCUUCCAGAUACAUGAAAGAACGCACACUGGAGAAAAACCCUAUGGGUGUAAGGAAUGUGGCAAAGCCUUCAUUUAUCAUACCACCUAUCGAGGACACAUGAGGAUGCACACAGGUGAAAAACCCUAUCAAUGUAAAGAAUGUGGGAAGACUUUCAGUCAUCCCAGUUCAUUUCGAAACCAUGAAAGAACUCACUCUGGAGAGAAACCCUACAAAUGUAAACAAUGUGAAAAAGCUUUCAGAUAUUACCAAACUUUUCAAAUACAUGAAAGGACCCACACUGGAGAAAAACCUUAUCAGUGUAAACAGUGUGGGAAAGCCCUCAGUUGUCCCACAUCUUUUCGAAGUCAUGAAAGGAUUCACACUGGAGAAAAACCAUAUAAAUGUAGAAAAUGUGGCAAAGCCUUUAGUUUUCCCAGUUCCUUUCGCAAACAUGAAAGAAUUCACACUGGAGAGAAACCUUAUGAUUGUAAGGAAUGUGGGAAAGCAUUCAUUUCUCUUCCAAGCUUUCGAAGACAUAUGAUAAUGCACACUGGAAAUGGGCCUUAUAAAUGUAAAGAGUGUGGGAAAGCCUUCGAUUGUCCCAGCUCAUUUCAAAUUCAUGAGCGAACACACACUGGAGAGAAACCCUAUGAAUGUAAGCAGUGUGGGAAAGCCUUCAGUUGUUCUAGUUCUUUUCGGAUGCAUGAAAGGACUCACACUGGUGAGAAACCCCAUGAAUGUAAACAGUGUGGGAAAGCCUUCAGUUGUUCCAGUUCUGUCCGAAUACAUGAAAGGACUCACACUGGAGAGAAGCCCUAUGAGUGUCAACAGUGUGGUAAGGCCUUUAGUUGUUCCAGUUCCUUUCGAAUGCAUGAGCGAGUUCAUACUGGAGAGAAACCCUAUGAAUGUAAGCAAUGUGGUAAGGCCUUUAGUUUUUCCAGUUCUUUUCGGAUGCAUGAAAGGACUCACACUGGAGAGAAGCCUUAUGAAUGUAAGCAGUGUGGGAAAGCCUUCAGCUGUUCCAGUUCUUUUAGAAUGCAUGAAAGGACUCACACAGGAGAGAAACCUUAUGAAUGUAAGCAAUGUGGGAAAGCCUUCAGCUGUUCCAGUUCCAUUCGAAUACAUGAAAGAACUCAUACUGGAGAGAAACCUUAUGAAUGUAAACAGUGUGGUAAGGCCUUCAGCUGUUCCAGCUCUGUGCGAAUACAUGAAAGAACUCACACUGGAGAGAAGCCCUAUGAGUGUCAACAGUGUAACAAGGCCUUCAGUUGCUCCCGUUCUUUUCGGAUCCAUGAAAGAACUCACACUGGAGAGAAACCUUAUGAAUGUCAACAGUGUGGGAAAGCAUUCAAGUGUUCUCGUUCCUUUAGAAUACAUGGAAGAACCCAUAAUGGACAAUGAUUCUUUAGAUGCAAAUCAUGCGAUAAAACCUCCAGUGUCCCAUUACCCUUUGAUGAUACAAAAAGACUCUUGCUUAGCAAAACCUUGUGAAUAAAAUAAAAAUAUGGAAAACUUUUCA